UGUCCCACGCACGGCGCCGUACCUACUCUCUCUUCCCCGCCUUCUCCCGCCAAGAUGGCGGCGCCCGGCGGCGGCCCCGUGCGGCUGCGGCUGCACUUCGAUUACCCGCCUCCCGGCAGCCCGGGCUGCGCGCUGUGCUGGCUGCUGCUGGAGCCCAGCCAGGUGCGCCUCGUCACCGACCUCAUCAGCCUCAUCCGCCACCGGUUCGGCUUCAGCCGGCGGGCCCGCCUCAGCCUUUACCUGGAGGGAGCGCUGCUGCCGCCCACCGAGAGCGCCCGCCUCGUGCGGGACAACGACUCGCUCCGCGUAAAAUUGGAAGAGAUAGUCGCAGAGGAUUAUGAAGAGAUAGAGGAUGGCUUCUCUCGCGCACCAAAAGAAGACAAAAAAAAGCGUAGACAAAAGCAGGAGGAAUUGUCUGAAAAUGAAGAUGAUGGGCAUAAAAGGGAAAAGAAGAAGAAUAAGCAUACUGAGUAUUCCUCUUGUAGGGAAGAGAGCUCUGUAGAUAUUCAGGACUCUCAGAAAAGGUACAUAAAAAGAAAAAGAAAGGAAGAAGUUAGUGGGAAAAGUAGGCUCACAGAAGGUAAGGAAGAGAGUCCUGCUGACCAAAUGAAAAAGCUUAGAAAGACAGAGAAACAGCUGACAACAAAAAAGAAGGAUGAAAAGCAGGCAAAGGCAGCUGCAGCAAAGAUGGGUUUAAAACAGGCAAAUGAGAACAUUUCUCUAAGUUCUGGUAAAAAAAUCACAACCCAGUCUGGAAAAACAAAGGUGGGAUCUUCACGUUCCUCCAGCACAUCGUCUGACAGUGACAACAAUGAUUUAAAUGUAAAGCAAAAUAAAUCUUCCCAUAAACCUGUAGUGGCAACAUUUCCCAAGGACAAAUCCCAAGCUGCUACAAAUUCUGGUGUGAAAACUGUUGCUUCCAAUAAAGUGACUGUGAAGUCUAACACUGAAAAUUCCGCUAAGACUGCAAUUAGUAAAAAUGCUAAAAAAUCACAGUCCUCUAGUUCAGAUUCGGACUCGAGUACAGAGGAUGAGAAAGUGGCAACAGCACAAGACAGGACUGUGAAGGAAAAGUCACUGCCAAACAAUGCAGCAGCUGUAAAAAACAGUACCACCAAGGCUCCCAAAGCAAAGACCUCCUCUUCAGAGUCUGACAGUUCAGAUUCAGAAACACUUGUUAUUAAAAAAUCCACAGCAAAUACUGGACUGAUUAAUUCCAUAGGAAGAAACUGUACUAAACAGUUGCCAACCAGCACUCGAGGACCAACUGCCAGCCCAGGCCGUGGAAGGGGGCGUGGGACAGGAGAGAAUAACUUCUGGAGAUCAUGGGGCCGUGGGUUUCGUGGGAUGAUGAGGGGCCAAGGCCAUGGGAGAGGAGCAAACCCAGGCUUCUUCUAUAACUACAGCAGUGAAGGCCAGAAACAGAGGCAGUUAAAUGAAACUGCAACAAACUCUUCUGUUCUUGUGCAGAAUCCCGCGGAGGUCCCUAAGAGAGACUAUAGCGUGUUACCUCUUCUAGCUGCUCCACCACAAGUAGGAGAAAGAAUUGCCUUUAAGCGCUUGGAACUAACUGAAAAUUACAGUCCUGAAGUUUCAGACUAUAAGGAGGGGAAAAUAAUCAGUUGGAAUGCUGAUAAAAAGCAGAUUGAGCUCGAGAUCCUUUCAUCACCAGCAGGACAAAUUGCUAAAGAGCCAGGAAAAUUUGAUCUGGUUUACCAGUCUGCAGAUGGAGCAGAACUGAUUGAGUACGCCGUUCCUCAGGACACAAGGGUACGUGGGUGUCCUCUUCUGAAGCCUGUUACGAGUUUCCCAUACCUGACACAUGCCCUGCUUUAUGACUCUGUCAUCUCAGUGAGAUUCCCUUUAUAAUAAUGCAUCUGAUUAAAAUUAACAGAAGCAAAUAAUUGUUCCUUUCUAGCGAGAAUGUGCGUGAUUACAAGAUAAGAACUUCUUGCAUGUUAUACAAUUAACUAGAUUGAAAAAACAGACUGUACCUUUUGUUUUGGCUAAUAAAACAAACCAUAUCAUGUCUAGACAGAGUUUCAGUUCUUACAAGGUUAUUAAUUUCAUGCACUGCUCUUCUUACCCGCAUCUUUCCUCACUCAGGACGUCAGGCAGGUUGAGGGUCAUGAAGAAGAUCAAUGCAUCACAGGAAGGAUCUGUGAUCUUUGCUCAGCAGUGCUGUGGUUCAAGUCGAGACAAAGCACAACGUAGCAGUAAUUCCAUCUGCCUGUGUAGCUGCUGUGCACUAACUACUGUCUGCAUUUUGGUUUCAGAUAACUGAAAAUUGGGAUGCGCUGAUAGAGCCCAGACUGAUUGUUGAGCCUCUGGUUAACGGAUCCAGCACUGAAAAUGGAACAAGCUAAGAUGUGAAUAAAUGUAAAUAGUUGUACGGACUUGUUUUGUGAAAUGCUGCCUUCUAGUUCUGAGGGCAGCAGCUGUACUGGUGGUUGUUUUUAAUAAACUGUUUUAAAACUGGAACUAUGCCGAAAGAAAAAGAAACAUUUUUUUCUUAGUAUGUGUUUUUCUGUAAUACAGGAAUACUUUGUUAUAGCAGGUCUGUACUAUAGAUCCGUUGGAUUUCUUAUCUUAAUAGAAGCUUAGUAACAAUUUUUGUAUCUUACUGCUGCCGCUGGAAUGGUUUGAUCAAAAGGAUAAGAUCUGACCUUGUACUGUAAGUAAAUCCAUUUAAGUGUCUGGGUAUAAUUAAGCUGUAUAAUUGCUAUAGGGAGGCAGCUUGCUGUAAGGAUAAUUAAAAACAACAUUUAAAAAUGGAAUAUAAAUAUUGUCGAUGUGCAUGUCUCUUCCUCUGCAGCUGGAGAGCAUGAUACAAACAGGUCACCAGGUGGUGGCAAUGAGCUUCACUGAUACCUCUGCUGAUAUCUGCAUCCAGGUGGCACUUGGACUCGUAGUACUUGCAGCUGCACACGUCUUACCAUGUAAGAUAAUCCCUGUCUUGGGUUGCCGGCUCUUAAACAGAAGAUAUGGAGAAAAAAAAACACCCUAGAUACAAACACACACCUGAAAAAUUACAUCAUGGUUCAGCUUAUCUACUCCGACUAGUGCAUGAUUACCUUAAAAUACUGCACACCUCUGCACUAUCCCUAUUAAAAUGUCUUGUUUCAGAAGGAAUUGCUUAUAUAUGAGUAAAACUAAUUUAUGUAUUGUGGUUCUCUUCAGUUGCCAUUAUUUGGUGUUAGAAUUUGGUUUUUAGAGAAGUGGACGGUUUGAUUCAUAUGUGGAUAUUCUUGCAAACUGGACAAAAAGAAAAUUCCAGAUACUCCAGCACCGUCAUGCUAAGAUAGUUUGGAUUAAUGGGAAGAAUUUUUCUAAAGGAAGCAACUGUUAAUUUGUAUGAAAUGGCAAAAGCUAAAUGCAGGUAUUUCAGAAUGUUUCAGAGCAGGAUUUGUCUCUUGUUCCAUUGCCUACAGUACAUUUUGGGUAUAAAUUAAAUGGGUACAGAGUCCUUCUGGCUGUG